AUGGGGCACUCGCGGCUCCGAGCCGGGAACCGUUUGAGAAGCACGUACAAGAACUACACGAAGGAAGGACCGAUGGGGAACAGAGCAGUGUUGUAUACAAUUUUGGAAACUUCAGAUACCCGGCGCAAGGUUACUCUGCUAGAUGUGACUACAGAAGUCGGAUAUGCCUUUUCAUCCGGAAUGAUGGCGUCUAUUCUGCAAAGUACAUUGCCGCUACUCAACGAAUGGAGUACACCCUGGACGACUUUUCUUGUUAUGGGCACCGCAACAGCGACAAGUGCUCGGCACCUGGUUGAGACCCCAUUAGGUUGA